AUGGCUUCCACUCACAAAGACGGGUGGGAGGGGGUUGGAUGUGGAGGUGGUACGGGGACGAUCUCGUGGCUGCUGCCGGACGGGCAGCGCGCUCGCGACGUGUCGGGCCUGCGGCAGGCGCUGGCCAACGGGACGCUGCUGCUGGCGCCGUUCGCCGCCGAGGACUACCGGCCGGACGUGCACGGCGCCGCCUACCGCUGCCUCGCCUCCAGCUCGCUCGGCGCCAUCCUCAGCCGCCGCGUACAGGUCCGGGCAGUGGUGAAGCAGUUCUACGAGCUGCAGGUGUACGACGAGUUCGUGGUGCUGGGCAACACGGCGGUGCUGCGCUGCCACGUGCCGUCGUUCGUGCGCGACUACGUGGCCGUCACGUCGUGGGUGCGCGGCGCCAGGGAGCGCAUCACCGCAGACGUCAGCACAGGCGGCCGGUACUCGGUGUUCGCCUCCGGGGAGCUGCACAUCCGGCACGUGACGCACGCGGACGGCGCGCUCGCCUACCGCUGCGAGGCCAGACACAGGCUCACCGGGGAGACGCGGCUCAGCACCGUCUCCGGCAGACUGCUGGUGACGGAGCCGCAGAGCUCGGUGCCGCCGCGGGUGACUGACUCGCGCAGCCACGUGUCGGUGCGACGCAGGCAGCCGGCGGAGCUGCCGUGCGCUGCCCAGGGCUUCCCGCUGCCGAACUACACGAAUAAAGCGGGCGCCGCCGUUAGGGCUGUUUCGCAGAGGACGGCAUCGAAUGCUCCGGCAGCAAUUAUCUGGGGAAAUACGAGGCCAGCCGGGGUAGGCAGCCGCGCCGAGCACUGUACAGCGGGCGGCCGCGCGGCGUUCGUUAGGGGCGCCACCGCCGCGGGCAGCACAGGCACUGGCGGCGAGGCGAGCGCCGGCCGAGGGUCUAAAGCCGGCGCCGGCCGUGGCCAGGGCCGACCUGUGCUUCCGGCGCUGUCCAGCCUGCCAAAUAACGACGGCAAUCCCGCGCCAGCCGCCUACCUGCCAGCUGUUUAUUCCGGCUGA